AUGUAAAUGAUCAGUAAGAAUCCAUGAAUUCAUUUGAAAACAUUUUGUCGGGGUAUUAUAGUAUAAUUAUACGUAGCAAGUAAACAUUGACCAGCAGCACUAGCGAGGAUAAGGUGUACUCUAAGUACGAAUAUUGUACCAUUUCAAGUUAUUUGCAUGAUGAGGUCAUCGUUUAGUUUAGCAACUUUGCUCGUUAUUACAAGCCUGAUACCAACAAUCAGUGCAGCUUGCUGUAAAGAUGGUUGGUUUGCAUAUAACGGGCAUUGUUACUAUAUUGAUAUGGAUAUACAUCUGUCAUUUUCUGCAGCAAGGCUGUACUGUAGACGUCUUGGGGCAGACCUUGUUCAGAUUGAAACGUUUGCUGAAAACACCUUUCUGAAAGGAUUUCUGAAGAAAAUCAAAGCACAAUACACCUGGAUGGGUUUAAAUGACAUAUCUCAUGAAGGUAUAUGGCGAUGGGCUGGCACGAACAGACAUGCUACGUUCUCUGACUGGUUACCGAAUCAACCCGACAAUUAUAAAAAUGAUGAAGAUUGUGUACAUUUCGGUUACAAUGGUGCCUAUGAAUGGAACGAUUGCCCGUGUCAUACUUCAAUUAAUUUCAUUUGUGAGAAAGACUCAGCAUGAGAAACAUAAAUAACUGCAAAAAAAGGAAGUAAA